AAUGCGCAUGCGUUGUUGCGUCUACACUUUCCUCUUCUCUGGAAUUGCCUGCUAACGCUACCUGACUGUAACGUUUCAACUAGUAUUAUUCGUUUUUAUUUUACGGACUGUUUUUGCGCAUAAAGAGGAUUUCGAGUGUCUUUUAUGAGUAAUCAAAGGCAGCAGAAGCCUACGCUAACAGGCCAGCGUUUCAAAACCCGCAAAAGAGAUGAAAAGGAGAGGUUUGACCCCACCCAGUUUCAGGAAAGCAUCGUACAAGGUCUGAACCAAUCUGGCACUGAUUUGGAGGCUGUCGCGAAGUUUCUUGACGCCUCUGGCGCCAAGCUUGACUACCGACGCUAUGUAGAGACUCUUUUCGACAUCCUGGUUGCUGGUGGGAUGCUGGCCCCAGGAGGUACCUUGUCAGAUGACAUGACCUGCACUGAGUUUUGUCUCUUCAAAGCACAAGAGGACAUGGAGACUAUGCAGGCAUAUGCCCAGGUCUUUAACAAGCUUAUCCGGCGUUACAAAUACUUGGAGAAAGGAUUUCAGGAGGAGAUUAAAAAGCUUCUGUUGUUUCUCAAGGGCUUCACUGAGUCUGAGCGCAACAAGCUAGCCAUGCUAGCAGGAAUUCUGCUGGCCAAUGGCAAUCUCUCUGCAGCCAUUCUAAGCAGCCUCUUCAAUGAGAACCUCGUCAAAGAAGGUGUUUCAGCGUGCUUCGCUGUAAAACUCUUCAAAUCAUGGCUUUCUGAAAAGGACAUCAACUCUGUUUCUUCCGGUCUCCGGAAGGUUGGCAUGGACAGCAGGCUCAUGGAGCUGUUCCCUGCCAACAAGCGCAGUUGUGAGCACUUCUCAAAGUACUUCUCGGACGCCGGACUGACGGAGCUUUCAGACUUUGCCAAAAACCAGCAGUCCAUAGGUGCUCGCAAGGAGCUGCAGAAGGAGCUUGAGGAGCAGAUGUCCCGUGGGGAACCCCUCAAAGAUAUCAUCCCCUACGUCCGAGAGGAAAUCAAGAAGAACAACAUCUCUGAGCAGACGAUGAUUGGACUAAUUUGGGCCAGUGUGAUGAGCUCGGUGGAGUGGAACAAGAAGGAGGAGCUGGUCACAGAACAAGCCAUCAAACUUUUAAAGCAAUACAGCCCACUGCUGAAGUCAUUCACCUCCCAGGGCCUCUCUGAACUAACUCUCCUGCUGAAGAUCCAGGAGUACUGUUACGACAACAUCCACUUCAUGAAGACAUUCCAGAAGAUGGUUGUGCUGCUCUACAAAGCGGAUGUUUUGAGUGAGGAGGCGAUUCUUAAGUGGUACAACGAUGCCCACGUUGCCAAAGGAAAGAGCGUGUUCCUUGAACAGAUGAAAAAGUUUGUGGAAUGGCUCAAGAACGCAGAGGAAGAGUCUGAGUCUGAGGAAGAGGAGGCAGACUGAGGACCUCUACCCAAACUACCAUUUUGAUUUCUAUUUCUACAUUAACAUAGCACCAGAUGCAGUAGAAGGACUCGUUAAAGGAGUCUGGCUGUAUUUAGUUUUUUCCUUCUCGGUUCCCUACCUCCAAAUAACUAGUUCAACUGUAAUGUAAGGGCUUUAAUAUUGUUUAAUUUCCACUGUUUUCUCUCUGAAUCAAUACUUGUACUCUUCUUUAUACUCCUCCAGGAGCCGGUCACAAAAACCACAUUUAGCUAAAUAGAUCAAAACUCAUUUUAUGUGACAAAGGGGGACUUUUUUUUGGACAGAUGGUUCCCUUUUAAAAUGUGCCCGUUUGGAGGCAUAUUUCACAGCUAUUAUAUUUAGUCAUGGAACUCUAAUUUGCCAGAGGUCUGUCUGUGAAGCCACGAUAUCUUGGUCCUCUGAAAGGCAAACUGUUUUCGCAACCUAAUUUUACAUUUCUGCCAAUUAUGUGACAACUUAGAAUGUUUUGCCAGUUUAGAUUCUGUCUCCAUUAUUGGGGAUGGAGAUAUGCCAUUUCAAGCAGUGGUUUUGGUGGCCAUGCACCAUGAAUCGAACUUUAAUUGUUUUCUACAUCUUACGAAACGGAACCAUGCAAGUGUAUUUUUCUUUUUUCCUUUACCAUACAGUUUGACUUUUUAAAAUAAAGGGAAAUUAAUGGUU